AUGCAAUUUCGGUUCCUAUUCCAAGUGGAGGAGAAGGAACGGCGAAUUGAGCAACACAAAAUUUACGAAGCUAAACGAAAGGAGACAAUUGAAAAGAUUGCUGCUAGAAACUUUGCCAGAUUUUACAUUGAGCCUCUAAUACCGAAUGUUUACGAACAACUGCAUUUGAAUGGGUACUUCAGUGAUUCCAUUGAGAACGAUAUUGAAGACAACUUCAUUCCAGAAUUGUUGGAUGAGGUCUGUGAGGAGCUGGAUCGUGAAAGAGCCUACAGAUUAGUUAUCGACUCCAUCAUUCGUGAGGCGGUAACUGCAAUAAACGAGGCCUACGCUAGUCAAGAUGCAAAGGGCUCUAAAGGAAAGGAGGAACCCAAGAAGCAAUCCAAGAAAUUGAGUCGUACAGACGGAGAGAAAGCCAUUGGAACUUCUGAAAACCAGGAAGUUAAUCCACCUACUACUACUCAUGAAGCUGGACAGAGGGAACCAAAUGACGACAAAUCUGCUGGCAAUAAAUAA